AUGCAUGUACUCGCUGUGGCUGAAGGGUCCACGUUUGUCUCGCUUCCGAACGCUGGUCUGAAUUGCGGGGCCGACAAAGGCGAGACCGGAAAGGGUCCGCAGAGUGGUGAAAACAGUUCGUCACCCACCAGCACAAGUUAUGUGCCUAGAAUGGGUCGUAUGACGGCGUAUGCGAGGCCUAUGUUUGCUAACUCCGUUGAAGGAUACUUACGGCUCCGUGACUCACUAUCAGAGCAGGAAUGGAAGGCGAUGGAGAGUAUUAACGAUAGUAACUUGGAGACUUGCCGACUGGACUACUUGGAACUGGCGGGAAUAAUCGGUCUGUUUGUGGAUUUUCCAUUUGGGGCGGUGAAGGGUGACAUAUUCCGGAGGUUAAAAAUGAACACGGCCGAACGCGACAUAUGGACUUCAGGAUGCCUUUUGGAGUGUGCGAAGGUCCCUACCAGGAAAUUAUUGGAAAUGUGUGUUAACAAGCUUAACUACAAUCCCGGCGUCCAGAUUUGGGUACUGGAGAGCUUUAGGGCGAAACGGCUGCGAUAUUCGUCCUACCUAUCGAGGUCCUGCGAUGACAAGAGUCUUGCUCGGGGCUUACUGGAACCAGUUAUCAGACAGCUUCGGCAUUGCCGACUAAGCGUUAGUGACUUUUUGGAUAGGCAGGUUGAAAAGGUCUCUCAGAACGAGUCGUUCGUAAGUCGGAUCUUCAGCCAGCCGGAUAUGAUAGCGAAAAUAACGGAGGACUUCGUGAGGCGCAAGGAGAAACCGGCCCCAGCCAAAAUAGCCGAGGAGUCCGUGACCCCCACGGAGGAGGAGGCCGCGGUGGGCCCAUUGAUAUACGUGGCCACGUCUGGAGGACCCACGAAGCUUGCUGAAGCUCGGGAUACCUUCCGAGACGAUUUCGACGCCUACGAGAAAUUGCAAACUGUUUUACCAACGGCGACUCGUCAGAGACUGAAAAAAGUGUCGGAGAUAGAUUUCAGGAAGUGUGGACUGGAUUAUUUGGAAUUGGGUCAAAUCAUUUCGCUGUAUGUAGACAACCCGUUUGGAGGGGUGUGGCCCCGCGAAGGUGCCGGCCACGAUCCGGCGGACGUGCUUGGAGUUAAUCCAGAGUCGCGGAAAGCAGACGUAUGGACAACGGGUUGUCUUCUUCAGUACGCCGCGGUACCAAUUUCCGACCUCGUUGACUUUUGUUCUGACACACUCGGGUUCGCGACGCGUCUCCACGGGAAGCCAUCGCUAGAGUGCCUCAAGCCGGCAACGUUAACCUACAUCAACGACGCCGAAAGACCGGCUCAUGGGCGUAAGGAGCGACUCGCCCAAUUCAUGGAUCAACUGAAAGACGUGACACUCACCUCGUCAGAGUUUGCCGCUAUGCAAUGCAAGAACUUCCUGAACAAUCAACAGGUUACAGUAGGUCUGAUCGCCGCGAACCGGGCUAAGAAUAUCGCGCCGGAGGGCGGGGACUGGCUUGGCGGGAAAUUGCCAAGUGAAGUUGAAGUUGAAGUUGAGACGGGGACGGGGAAGGACAGGCUUGUGUGGGAGAUGCAGCAGCCUGGUGAUACGCACCGGCCUAGUGAGAACGUCUUGCGUUUCAGAACCAGUAAACGUAGUCCGGAGAUGCCUGUAUACAUUCUGACAGAUUGCGUCAGAAAUAGCUUUGCGCUGAAAAAGCCAGCUGUAAUAAAAGACGACGCGGAGGCUGCUAAGAUUGUAGAUGAACUGUUGCCAGCUUCUGUGCGCAUGAACAUGGCCUUCAAUAUGAAGGUGGAAGACCUUCUGGAAUGUCGUUUGGAUUACGUAGAAGCAGCUCGGAUUAUUUGUAAGUACAUUAAGAAGCCUUUUGGUUCUAUUACGCAUACGGCUCAGCAGAAGUUUUUAGAAUAUUUGGACAAGAAGAAAAAAGUGGUCAACCUCCAAGGAUGGAUGUCUGGCUGCAUUCUUCGCUAUGCCAAGGUACCAAUUGACAGGCUAAAAAGGGUCUGUAUCGAAACGCUUCGCUUCAUACCGAACCCCGACCCGUGGUUUCUCGAGUGCCUCAGAAUUCAUCCCAUGACCAUCAGUCACUACAAUCGUGUUCGGAACUCGAUAACGGAUCCAGACGAGUACCUUGCUACCUACGAAAAUGCAGUGAUCACCGCAGACACAUACUUCGAACUCCAAACACACCCAAGACAAAUCAUUCGCAGACGCCUUCAACAACUCGUCCUCCAACCCCACCCACAAAAGCCUCCGACAAUCCUACAGUCUGCCCGCGACCCGUCGUCCCACGACCCAUCGUCCCACGACCCAUCGCCAGGUGCUGAACUGGAACCACGACGAGGCAUUAAGAGACUCUUCCCGCAUCGGGGACGUGCCUUUCCAGCCGAGGAACCCUCGCAGAAGCGGUCGGUCCCGGUCACGCGGCUCAUCCCAGGAACUAACUUGGCCCCGGCCACGCAGUCAGCGCAAAAUGCAACGGUAACUCGUCGAAUGACUGAUGAACUCGCUGCUGAAGUCGCUGAUGGCGUGUCUGAUGCCGUGACGCAUGGAAUGGCCGAUGGACUGGCCGAUCACGAAACAUCGAGGCAGAUACGUCCGGAGGUGACUGAUCAGCUGCUGGCCGAGCAACUGGCGGAUCAACUGAAUAGCGCCACGAGCCUACUGGAAGACGCGGAUCGGUCACUCGCGGUGUUUGUGACCGACCGCUCGGCGAACGAGUUCUUGGGCUCGACUACCGUCUGCCCGAAACCCGAGGCCGUCACGCGUAACAGCGUCCCGUCGAUGGAUUCGGUACUCGGCGUCUUUGCGGAAGAGAUGCAGCACAUCUUGCCCCCAAUGUCCCCGUGCAGUCUGGGGGAGCUUGCCGAACUACUUUGA